AAGCAACUGACAGUCUGUGCUCUACGCUGAUCGAGAGUGGCGUGGACCUAUGGGUGAUCGGCAGUCUCGACACAAAUCAUGCCAGGACGAGCAGGUCAAAAUGCAUACAAGCUUCGACAGAAUGCGCGGCGUGUGCAGCCCCGGAAAAUGCGCCCACGUCUCACGGCGGAAGAGAUCGAACGUUUGUCUAUGCUCAUGCAAGAUCGCUUUCACUGGCCAGAGAAGCCACGGUUCUUCCAAGUUGAGGGUGUCAAGGCGCAGAUUGAAGGAAUUGACACGGUCAUACAGGCCCCUACUGGGUCUGGCAAGACGGCCAUUGCAGCUGGUCCGCAUCUUUGGCCCGGAAACGAGGGCAUGACGACCAUCAUGGUUUGUCCACUGCUCGCAUUAGAGGAAGAGAUGGUCACGACAUUCAAAACCGAGUUUGGUCUCACUGCCGUCGCAGUCAAUGGCCAGAACAGUCUGUCUGAGAACAAGCGCAUUAUGCACGAGAUUGUCCGGGGCGAUUACCGAGUUAUCCUCAUCUCGCCGGAGAUGCUUCUCUCACAAUCGUUCAAAGACAGAGUCCUCCGCAACUCAGGAUUCACACGACGUGUUCUGAGUCUCGUCGUUGAUGAAGCCCAUUGCCUAUCACACUGGGGUGCUGAUUUCCGCAAGCAUUAUGCCAGCCUCGGAACGGUUCGCGCAUACCUUCCCUUGGGCACACCAGUCAUUGCUGUGACUGCAACUCUUACGGCUCGUGUCCGACGUGAUCUACACAACGACCUACAUUUUCCCAAGCUCGGCAGCAAGUUUGUGAACGUCGGGAAUGACCGACCUAAUGUAUCCAUUGUCGUACGAGCAUGUGAAUACCCCCAGUAUACCUUUGCUGACCUCGACUUCAUCAUCCCCGAGACGAUCAAUGAUGCACAAGACAUACCCAAAACGUACCUCUAUGUUGAUAACAUUGAGGAAGGUAACAACAUAAUGGAUCACCUCGGCACACUACUCCGAAAGCGAAACCCUCGUCUAUACGAGAGUGGUAUCAUUCGGCCGUUCAAUGCCACGAUGUCAUCCCAAUAUCGCACCCACGCCAUGGCCGCCUUUCGUAGUAACAUGGACUACAGCCAAGGUGACAUGAUCGCAGACGGCAUGAAGAUUGGGCCGAUUCGUGUCCUGGUAUGCACGGAUGCCGCAGGGAUGGGAUGCAAUGUCCCCGACGUUGAUCGUGUCGUGCAGUGGAAAUUGCCGAAGACAUUCUCAAAUUUUAUUCAACGUGCCGGACGCGCGGCUCGCGGUCGAGGCCGCAAAGGCAUUGCCAUCCUCCUCGUCGAGCGGUCUGCUUACUCUGUCGAUGUUCAGGUCCCGAAGCCCUCAUCCGAAGCCAAGGAGCCUAUCCCACAGUCGAAGGUCCUUUCGGGACGUGGACGUGGACGUGGUGGCAAGGGCAAGUCCCGGGGUGGUCGCCAGAAGGCUCCAAGUCCGCAAGAGUAUGCUGCCAGGCAUGGUGUAAAUCGAGGAGCCAGUGCCGGUGAUGCUGAUGAACCCCUCAAUGCGUCUGAUCAACCGGAGGUCGAUAUGGAGGCUGCAGAUGAAGGCCUUCUCGUGUUUGUGCAGAGUACUCAAUGUCGCAGGCGUGUCUGGAGGCAGGUAUAUGAGUGUCCGAGCGGAGAUUCAGUGUCUCGUGUCACGGUGCCGUGCUGCGAUGUAUGCGAUCCUUCGUUGUUUAACCGCGCACGGUGUCUGGAAUCUCCCAAUGCGACAAAGAAGAAGAGGGGCCGAAAGCAAGGCCUCUCAGAUAUUGCUGCGCAGACUGCCCUCGAAGAUUGGCGACAGAAGAAACUCGACGAGGAUCACGUCGAUGCGCUCUUCGGCCCGGGUGCAAUCCUGAGUGACUCGUUAAUCCAACAACUCACCUCCGUAGGCCCGCUAACACAUCCCACGGUCUCUACCAUCAUUGCCACUUGGAUCUGGCGUGACCGUUAUGAGAGCGAGCUUGUUGACUUGCUCUCGGGAAUGCAAAUCGAAUUUCGGGCUAAGCCACCAAAAACAGGGACACGGAGCCAGAAGAAUAAGCGUACAGCUACCGACAACGACGCCCCCAGCAAGCCCGACCUAUCAUCCUCCAAACGACCACGUUGGGGUCCUUCGCCGACUCCCUCGCACCAUCCUUCGCCCGCCACCUUGCACGGUCCCUCACCAGCCACCUCGUAUGGUCCUUCGCCCGCUGCACUGCCUGAUACCUGGGCCGCCGCCGCCCACGGACCAUUGCCCACCGUGUCACACACUACUUGGCCCGUGGCGUUGCAUAGCUCUUCAUACACCGCGGCAGGUCCAUCUUGGCCUGCGGCAUUGUACGGUCUUCCACCCGCUGCAUCAUACUUUGACGGUCUGCCACCCACAGUGUCGCAUGGUCCGUCACCCACCGCUUUCCCUCCUAACUGGGAUGCCCGCUUCCAUGGCCCUUUGCCCGUCACACCGGAUCGUCCCUCGCGCUCCACAUCGCGUGGUUCUUUGGUUCCCGCAUCGCCUCCUCCCUGGGACACUGCCUCGCAGUAUCCUCAACCUAUUGCCUCGCGUGGUCCUUCGCCCGCCAUGUCAUAUGGUCCUUCGCCCGGCGCUGCCUCACCUGCUUCCUGGGCUGUCGCCACGCACGGACCGUCACGGUCGUCGGCUAUGUCGCAUGUUCCUUGGCCCGCUGCGUCGCACGGCCCUUCACCUGCUCCAUCGCCCGUCGAUUUGCACGCUACCUGGUACGCUGCUACACGUGGACCAUCGCCCACUGCAUCGUACACGGGCGUACACACACCUGUUCGCAGUACCUCACAAGCCGGAGACCUUCGUGCACAAGGAACAUCAUCUGCCGCACCCAUAGGAGGCCAAACUGACAUAUUUCAGAUGCAACUCACCUCAGAAAACUAUCUCGAGGUGAACGCAGCGCGGGGCCGAGGUCGAGGACGCGGUCGAGGCCGAGGUCGUGCGCGAGGAGGCCCCAAGGGAACAGGUAGUGGAGGAUAA